UGAUGAUGGAGCGAAGCGGCAGACGAGGCAGCAGGAGUCGCAGCCGCAGCCCUCCGCCUGGCAGGCAGGGCCGCGGCAGGCGAGGGGAUGAACCAUGGAGGAGGAGAGAUGAUGAUGAUGAUGGCGGUGAUGGAGACACGCGGCGGGGCAGGGACGACCGGAAGCCCACAAGAAGAAGCCGGUGGGAUGACGACGACGACGACGACCAUGACCGCAAUGCAAGCCGUCACCGCCGUGGCCAGCGCGAUGUGCAGCGUCACGACCGCACCGCCAGGAACAGUGGCGGUAACGAACGUUUCCACCAACGCGCAGCGCGAGAAGAACCCCGGCGGGAAGGACAGGUACCGCAGGCACCGCAGGCACCGCCUCUGCGUGAAGAGAGAGAGCGUGGUGGUCGCGGACCGCGGCGGCCAAGGUGGCGUCAAGAGCAGAACGACAACGACGAAGGCGUUGAACCCGGCAAGGAGCGAUGGGGCCCUCAAGAGGAUGGUGACGAUGACGAAGAUGGUGAUGAAGAGCAAAAGCCCAAGGAGCUGCCCAACUUUGAGCAAUCUGGCUUGCUCUUCAAUGACGCCAACACAUUCAAGGGUGUUGUGAUUCAGCAUGUUGAGCCGCCGGAGGCGCGCAAGCCCAAGCUGCGCUGGCGCCUGUAUCCCUUCAAGGGCGACGAGCUUCUGCCCCUCAUCUACAUUCAUCGCCAGUCGUGCUACCUCAUUGGUCGAGAUGACUCUGUCUCCGACAUUCCCAUGCUCCACCCAUCCAUCUCAAAACAGCACGCCGUGAUUCAAUUUCGGCUCGUGCCGCAAAAGGCCGGUGCCCGUUCCAAAAACAUCAUCAAGCCAUACAUCAUGGACCUUGGCAGCACAAACAAGACGACACUCAACGGCAAGGAGCUUGAGCCGCGGCGCUACUACGAACUGCGGGAACGCGAUGCGCUCAAGUUUGGAUUCAGUACCCGCGAGUACGUGCUGUUGCAUGAGCAGUCGACAGGCGCUGGUGGCGGUGGCGGCGGUAGUGGUGGUGGUGACACCGCUGAUGUGGAUGAACUGGACAUGGAGCAAGAGGACAUUGGUGUGCAGCCCGUGGACCAGUAACGACGUGGCAGUCAUAUGUGUGUGUGUGUGUGUGCGUGUGUGUGUGCGUGUGUGUCUGUGUGUGUCUGUGU